AUGUUCCGCACGGGCUACCUGCAGCAGAUCCUCUCUUGGUGUGAAAAGCCAGGGGAUCAUUAUUCCAGGGCUUGGGGCCUUUGGCUGGUCUUGACGAUGCUCUCCUACGAAGCGAGCGAAGAAAAGCUCAAGGCGCAAGCGGAUACCUUAGACCCGGAGGCCGUGUUAGUGAUGGAGGAGGUGUCCUUGGAGGAGGUUCAAGUGGAGCGACGCAAUCGCCUGCUGGACGAACAGGAGGCCGCCGCUGGCAAGAGCAGCGCAGAGAUCCAGGAGAUGCGAAGCAAACAGCCCGAGUGCAAGACCCGAAUCCAUUGGCUGCGCUCCUCGCGUGAGCUCAUCCGCGCCUGUGCACUCUCAGCUGGGAAGUGCAUCUCGUACCAAUGGAAGGAUUCUCAGCAAUUGGGUUGCGUGGCAUCCGCGUGGUGUCUCGUUGAACUGCCAGAGUUCAUUCAGACGGCCGUGGAAAGCAUUGACAGCAAGGUGGUCUCCAAGUGUUUGACUUUGCCGGAGAAGUCGCUGCAGCUGGCAGCGCUGCUCUUGGUCUCCGUGGUGUCCUCGUUGCGGCUGCAGCUCAACGCCGCUGGGUUUGAACUCGGAGUGCAAGACCUCGACUUCGUUUGUGAGAUCCACACUUUGCAAGAGUUCGCAGUUGUGAGCAGUUCUAUAUUCAACUCUUUGUCCAGACUGGUGGCGCGGGAGACCGCCGCGGCACCCAGUGGAAGGUUGCAGGAACCAGAAGAGCAAAACCUGAUGUUGCAGGAACCAGAAGUGCAAGAGCAGGAAGAACUGCAGGCUGUGCAGCAGGCUUUGCAGAGGGCCUAUUUGGAGGAGGAGGCGAUUUUGGAGCUGCAAGAGUUCCUGCGGCGUUUCCAUCAUAUGCAGCAGAUCUUGAUUGAAUCCUUGUCCAGCAGCGGUGAGGGGCCAUACGACAUGAUCGCCAGGAUCGAGUUGGAUUUUUAUGUGAUCGUCGACAGGGUGAAUCAACUCACCAGGAAGCUUGAAUACCUCGAAGAGAUCGAGGUGGCUCCACGAACCGAUGAUGGGACUGUCCGGAACGCCUGGGGGGUCGACCAGACGGGUCGACGGGUCAACAGGCCCAACGAGAACGAGUUUAGAUGUUUGGUAUCCUUUAUGAUUGGCCUGGACGCCCAGCUCCACGCGGCGAGGGAGAAGCCCUCCUUCUCCGCGGGUCAAUGCAUUUGUCCGCCCUUGGCGUCGACGCCAUCCUUGGACCUGGAGUCCUCCCUGGCGGCGCCGGGCAAGGCGAGGCCGACGCGGACAGAACCGGCCGAUGGAAAGCUGGUGGAGUCGCUGGUGCCCGUGCGGGAGCCCUUGCCGCCAGUGGACCCGAAGGCGAGAAAGGCUGUGGAGCAGGUCGUGGAGGCCGAGCCUCUGGGCGCUCCGCCGGUGGCGGAGUGCGGAACUCCUCCGGCAGCGCUCUUGGACAAGAUUGCGGAAGAGGUGAUGAAGGAGGAGACGGUCUUUGGGGAGUCCCCGUGGUUGUGCCAUUUACUCUUCGCGCUGGCGGUCAUGGUGCCCUCGCACCCAAAGGCUCGGGUGGAGCGACCAAACCCCACCAUGCCCAGACCGGGGGGCCUCGCUCCUACACGGGCCUUGGCCGAGUCUCCGCUGGAGGAAGCCGCCCAGUCCUCAAGAGUGCGUGGCGCAGCCUUUGCGCAGCUCAUCAAGGCGCUCUACGACCCAGCGGACGGAGAUCGCGCCAAGCCACGUGUCGCCGAGAUCGCCGCUCCUGGGCCUAGCCCUCCCCGAGUGGAGAACCCCGAGAUCGAAAACCUUUCGGGGAAUACAGUCCAUGGCGUACUGCUGGGUGGAGAAGACCUUGUCACGGUUCCUUUGGACACAUUGCAGAGGCUUCAGAUGAGUCGAGUGGAAUGCAGCGAAUCCUUCGUUCGCAACCUCUCGUAUGAAGUGGCAAAGUCGGAAGCAGAGCGUUGGCAUAAAGCUGCCAACACGGUGGUAGAGGGCUUGUACAAGUUGCAGGACGAUUUAGAUUUUCUGCAGAAGGCACAUAGUUUGGAUCCAAGUCAAACUCUCGAGGAAAUGGUACUUCCAGCUGAUCGAGGGGUUCACGCUGGUAAGGCUACCACCGAGUUGCAGAUCCUCAUUCAAGCGCUGCAGACGAUCAUGGCCUCCUGGUUCGCCGCGGACUUCGGCGCGCGCUUCGUGAUCAGCGAGGAGGGUGGCAAGGACUUCAUCCAGUCGGGGAGCCUGGAGACCGGGAGACCGACCGGGCGUGCCGCGCGGUGGUGGGAGACGGGCCGAGACCAGUGCGGAGACACGGGAGGACGUGUGGUGCAGCAUCGUGUGCGAGCGGUUUGUGGUGCAGAGUUGGUGGUCCGGAAGUUCCAUCUGAUGAAGGGGGACAGAACAAUUUGGGUGGAAGUGUGA